AUGUACAAUACAACUGGUUCUCUUUUAAUUUCUGGUUCUUCAGAUAGUGAAUUUAGUGGACAAUAUACGUACACAUUCUACAAUGCAUACAAUGGAACAUUUACUUCCUAUAUGAAUCAUUAUAAUGUCAAAUUUCUCGCGCUCAGUCUUAACAUUAAAAAAGGCCAAUAUGUAUUCAUAAGCUACGAUGGUUCAUAUAAUACAGGUACUAGAUUGAUUAUAUAUCCAGAUAGCUCAAAAUCUGAUGAUUCCACACCAAAAUAUACUCCAUAUCCAACACCAGCACCAACAGAAGUAGUUCCAAAAAGUAAUUUCUUUAAAGACCAUCCAAUUGGAGCAGUUUUUCUUAUUUAUUUCAUCAGUGUUAUUGUUUUCGGUAUUUUGGAUUCAAUUGUCGGUUGCAUUUAUCCAAACAGAGCAUACAGAGCUGGAUGCAAGAUGGAAUGCUGCUACAAUUGCUGUACAAAUGUAACUUACCAUAAAAUUGCGAAAUUUUAUUCUAAACAUCACUACGGUAAAUGUUGUCAUUGUCAUUGUUGUGAUGGUUGCUGCAAAUGUUGCAAAUGCGAAUGCGGCGAUAACUGCAACUGUAAUGGCGAAUGCGAUCCAUUAGGAAUUUGUUAUUUAAUUCUCGUCAUGUUCCUCUUUGGCCUUGCUUUGAGCAUAAUUUUCCUACCUUUCAUUCUGAUGUAUCUUUUUAUUCACUUAUUAACUCCAUGCGGAGGUGAAGAAAGGGAAUUCGAGAAAAGUGGCUUCCAAAUUGAAUCUUCAAGCUCAAGUGAUAAGGCCAAGGAUGCUAAUAACCAGGAAAUGGUUCCACCUCAAUACAAUCAAAAUCCACCACCUGGUUACCCGCCUUAUUACAGCAAUCAACCUCCCCAACAGCCACCACAGAAUCAGCAGCAACCGUAUUACCCGAAUCAGCCACAACAACCUUAUCCUCAACAAAAUUAUAAUUAUCAACAACCUCCUCCGUAUGGUGGCGCUCCUCCUCCACCACAAAUGCAAGGUCAGCAGCCAUAUCCUUACCAAUAUGCCCCUCAACAGCAGCCUCAAUCUCCAUAUCAGCAACCUUCUCCUUAUGGAGCUCCACCACCAAUGAAUAACCAUCCUCCAAAUCAACCUCCAAUGAAUGGUUACCCUCAACAACCUCCUCCAAUGAACAAUUACCCUCCAUCUCAACAACCAAUGAAUAAUUCUGCUCCGUUAACACAACCUCAGAUGCCACCUUCACAUAACAAUUUGCCACCACCACCACCGCCAUCUCAAAAUCACUAA